UAAUAUGACCAGCCAGCGAAUACAACUAGAUCAAAUCUCAUACCUUUACCAGCUCUCCCUCUCGAUAUUUCCCUCUUUCCCCUCGCCCUAUCACACAAAUAUUUUGAGCUUUUAGGGGGGGUCAAUGGCCAGCUUAGUUGUGAUUCUUGGGGUGUUUUGGGGUCUCUGCAUCUUGAGUGUUGCCAUCCUGAAAUGGAAUGAAGUUAGGUACAGGAAGAAAGGAUUGCCACCAGGUACAAUGGGGUGGCCACUAUUUGGAGAGACCACUGAGUUUCUAAAACAAGGUCCAGCCUUCAUGAAAAAUCAAAGAUCAAGGUUCGGAAGCUUUUUCAAAUCCCACAUACUAGGUUGUCCUACCAUAGUUUCGAUGGAUACGCAGUUAAACAGGUACAUUCUGGUUAAUGAAGUGAAAGGCCUUGUCCCUGGCUAUCCUCAGUCGAUGUUGGAUAUACUCGGGAAAUGCAACAUCGCAGCCGUCCAUGGCUCUGCUCACAAGUAUAUGAGAGGGGCCUUGCUUGCUCUUAUUAGCCCCACGAUGAUUAAAGAUCAACUCUUGCCAAAAAUCGACGAUUUCAUGAGACAUCAUCUGAGUGAUUGGGAUAACAAGAUAGUCGAUAUCCAAGAGAAAACGAAAGAGAUGGCGUUUCUAUCAUCAUUAAAACAAAUAGCAAGCACUGAAGCAUGCUCAAUAUCUGAAACAUUCAUGCCUGAAUUCAUCAAACUGGUUCUGGGAACUCUUUCACUCCCUAUCAACCUUCCCAACACAAAUUACCAUCGCGGAUUUCAGGCAAGACAGAACAUUACAUGCUUGUUAAGGAAACUAGUCGAAGAAAGAAGAGCUUCUGGAGAAAAACAAGGGGACAUGCUUGGUCAUCUACUGGGCGAAGAGAAUAAAUACAAGCUAAGUGAUGAGGAAAUGAUCGACUUGAUCAUCACCAUACUGUAUUCUGGAUACGAGACCGUCUCAACUACUUCUAUGAUGGCUGUCAAAUAUCUUCAUGAUCAUCCAAAAGUGCUAGAAGAAUUAAGAAAAGAACAUAUGGCAAUAAGGGAAAGAAAAAAUGCUGAGGAUCCUACUGAUUACAAAGAAUACAGAUCCAUGCGUUUCACACGUGCAGUCAUAUAUGAGACAUCCAGACUGGCUUCAAUAGUGAAUGGAGUUUUGAGAAAGACAACUAUGGAUAUGGAUAUAAAUGGUUAUGUCAUUCCCAAAGGAUGGAGGGUAUAUGUGUACACGAGGGAGGUCAGCUACGACCCAUGCCUUUAUCCUGAUCCAUUAACUUUCAAUCCUUGGAGAUGGCUGGAAAAAGGUCUAGAAAAUCAACACCAUUUCUUGAUUUUUGGAGGAGGAACAAGACAAUGCCCUGGAAAGGAGCUCAGCCUCGCCGAAAUUUCUACAUUCCUUCAUUACUUUGUGACAAGAUACAAGUGGGAAGAAGUAGAGGGAAACGAGCUAAUGAAAUUUCCGAGAGUCGAGGCGCCUAACGGACUACGGAUUAGGGUUUCUGCUCACUAACCUCCCUACAACCAUUUGUACAAUAGGAACAACUAACAUUUAAUAUAGCAGAUAAGAAUAGCUACCUUUUGUGAACGUGAAAAGAAAAUUGAGUUAAAACAAGCAGUAGAGAAUCGAUACCCAGCUUUACAAGGCUUUAAUAAUUUGCACUGUAUAAAGGAAUCAUUAAUUAUUUUUUGUGUUGCAUGCAUGACUACACAUACCUUCACAUACAUGCAUGCAACAUAAGUAUGCUAUCUUCUAUUCAAUAAGCCGUGUUGGAUCAAUAAUUAGCACAUGCUUCAUCCUAGCUGGCAUGUUGAGGUGGCGGUGACGUGGAAAGGGCGCGAGAUAUGAGACGCGCGGGAUAUAAAAGAGGGACCACAGUCAUUCUUUACGUGUGUUGUUUUGUGAUUGUUGUUGUGCUUGGAUCGUGGAUCUAAGGCAUUUAUCUCUGCAUUUCCUUACGCAUUUCUCUUGUAAUGUUCAUGUUGAUUACCCAGUAAUAUAGUUCCU